UUUACUUUACGGUUACUUUUACUACACAAACCCGAACACAAAUCUGAGCAAUGCUGCCAGCGGUCACGCGAACACAUACACACACAGGGGGCGCGCGCUAAAUCAAUAACUGAACAGUGGCAGUGCUGGAAGAUCGUAUCACUCCGCAUGAUUUGGACACCAUUAGAUAGAUGUUCAUUCAAACGUCAGAUGAAAAGACUUCCUGAACGCGCAUGUAGCCUACACGAGCGCAGCAGGUUAGUAACUGCUGUCGCGUAAUUGUUGCCGUAUUGAGCGAAUUAUUUAGCGAUUUGUCAUUAUUUUUAGACAAAUCGUAUUUAACAGACCAGCUCCAGAUGGGUCAUGUCAUUAUAAAGUGUAUUAUGAGAAACUAACGGAAUGUUAUUUCAAGAACUUCCUUAAAGAGGCGGUGCGUAAGGACCCUUUUCCAUGGAAAAAUAUCUCAUCUCAGAGAAACUCUAUAACAGAUUUCCAGUUUAUUUUUGCUAGAGCGGCAGAUUCCAGAAUGAUCUCCACCUGUUUAUAAACAUUAACAUCACUCACAAACAAGGGAACAUGGAGGGCAUUUGUUUUGAGGUCAAACCUGGAAGUGACCUGGUCGGAGGUUGCUCUCCCUGUACCCUCACACCAACACGUACCAGGUCGGACGAUACGCAAAAGGAAGAAGAAGUGGAGAUUCAGUACAGUUUAACUAUGGUUGGCUCAUUGCCCAUCCAUCCACAGACCACCAUGGCCAUGCUGCCCUGGGUGGUGGCUGAGAUACGGAGACCAAAGCAGAUGGAGAAGAACAGAAGCCCUGGAUUCACUGGAGCCCAGGUUCGAGAUCGACCUGUGGUGCUAAAGAUUUCAGCCAGCUCAGUGCGUUGCGUUCUGGACACAGCCGGGCCGGGGAAGCCAUGGGACCCAUUGCAACAUAUGGUUCUGUUCGAUCACCCGCCUCAUCUUAUCACCAAACUCAUUCACAACAGCCAGGAACCGAGCUACUUCGGCUGUCUGCUCAGAAAAGAGAGGACUGCAGCUUGCUAUGUUUUCCGUUGCCAGGACCAGCUGCAGGUUCCAGAGAUCAUCAGCACUCUCAGGCAGGCUGGCAAAAGUUCUGCCCGGCAAGAAGACGCCCAUUCAUUUCUGCCAAACAACAGCCAGCCGGACGGCUUCUGCUCAACGGGAGCUGAUGCCGCAACAGCAUUCGCUAAAAAGUUUGAGGUGUUGUUCUGCGGGCGAGUGGUGGUGGCCCAUAAGAAAGCUCCGCCUGCAUUGAUAGAUGAAUGUAUCGAGAAGUUUGGACGUGCCAGUGUGACAGGCUCGAUCGCAGCAGGCUUCAGACGAGCAUUCUCGCUCACACAGAUGACAAAUGGAGCAAGUGAUGGAGCAGACGGAGGUGGAAAGGGACCACUAUUUUUUAAAAGAGAUCCCAGUUUUCCAUCUCUCCAUGGGCUGGAUGAGAACGGUCUCUCACCGGAGCUCCAGCGACGGGCUACGGAUGGUGCUGCUGGGGUCCAACCCACUAGCUUGCAGGAAAACAGAACCAUGCUGUUCACAAUCGGGCGCUCUCAAAUCUUCCUCGUAAGUCCUGACACUAAGAAGGUGGCCAUAGAGAAAAGCUUCAGAGAGAUCUCCUUUUGUUCACAGGGUAUUCGUCAUGUGGACCACUUUGGCUUCAUAUGCAGGGAGACGGUGGAGAAUGGAGGCUGUCAGUUUGUCUGCUAUGUUUUCCAGUGCGCUAACGAAUCACUGGUGGAUGAGAUCAUGUUGACGUUGAAGCAGGCGUUCUCUGUUGCCGCGCUGCAGCAGAACAGUAGGACCCAGAGUCAACAGUGUGACAGCUGUCCCCUGCAGCAGCUGCACAGACUCUGUGACAGAAUAGAGGGUCUUCAUCCAUCCAAAACAAAGCUGGAACUCCAGAAGCAUUUGGCAGGGUUGGAAAACCAGGAGCAGGCAGAUGUGUUUGAGAGCACCAUGAAAGCCAGACCGAAGUCUGAUCAGGAGGAGAACGAGUUGAUCAUAUCAUGUCUAAGACGACAUUACGAGGAGAGACAGAAGACACACACUCAUGCACACAAUGGACAGAACAAAAAGGCUGCUCAGGAGGUUUCUGUAAAUGCUGAAAACAAUGCAAGUUCCAGUCGUGUUCGUCUGGAGGAGCUGAAGUCUAGAGCCAAGCGAUCGCUCACUGAAUCACUUGAGGGGAUCUGGAAGGGCAGUAAUAAGCCCAAAUCCCAGAAGGACAACAGUGAAGGAGAGAGUAAUUCCUCCAGCUCUACAACCCUGAACAGCACAAACCAGGAAACAUCAUUAGAGGAGCCUCUCUGUUCUUUCCUCCCUUCCAGUCCCCUCCGCUCCCAUAAUUCCACAGGGGACCUAAAGCGCCUCGAAGGCUCAGCUACAGGUCAAGGAGGUCCUGAGAGUCCGCCUCAGGGUUUCAGGCGUCGGGCAAGCACGUUCAGUCACUCUCCCACGCUGUCGUCGCCAGGGCCGAACCUGCCCCCUCAGCCACUCACUGCAUCUUCCAAACCCAAACUGGUCCGACACUACUCCGUCAGCACAGACUCGCCACACCAGACCAAUCUUUCCUCCCCUCCGGCCUCUUCCUUUACACGGCCAAUGAGGCCACGUGCUUUUGAUCUUGAUCAUUCCACUCGACCAUUCAAGCGAAGUCCAUCAGGGCUGAGUGUAUUCAGGGCGAGAUUACACUCCUCCUCUUCUGUUCCAAAUUUCCUCAAAUUUCUGGCCCCUGUAGUGGAAAGCGAUGAUAGCUAUGAGUCUCAGAGGAAGAGUGAUGUUGCAGCCCUUUCCAGUCCUGGAGCCGUGUGUUUCAUUGGGGACGACAGUCCAUUACGUAACCGAAGACAUUCCUGGAGACAGCAGAUCUUCCUAAGGGUUGCCACACCACAGAAGGGUUCAGACGCCAUAGAAUCCACCUUAGAGGUUGGCAGCAGAAUGGCGCUCGGAGGUGGAGUGGGGGGCGGAGAGAGCUCUCUGGGGGCGGUACCAGAGGAAAAGCGAAAGAAAAGUCGGGAGGAGCUGAGGGAAUUGUGGCAAAAAGCCAUUCUCCAACAGAUCUUACUCCUGCGGAUGGAGAAAGAAAAUCAAAAACUUCAAGCUUCAGAGAGCGAUCUGCAGUGCAGACGACUGAAGUUGGACUAUGAAGAGAUCACGCCGUGCCUGAAAGAUGUCACUUUGGUGUGGGAACGAAUGCUCGGCACCGCUGGAAGGUCAAAGAUCAAAUUCGACACGCAGGAGAUCCACAGAGCCGUGGGACAAGGCGUUCCUCGUCAGCAUCGUGGGGAGAUCUGGAAGUUUCUUUCGGAGCAGUAUUUGCUAAAGCAAGAGGUGCCCAACACCAAACCUCCAAAUAAUGACACUCCAUAUAAAGAGCUUCUCAAGCAACUCACGUCCCAACAGCAUGCCAUCCUCAUAGACUUGGGACGUACGUUUCCCACGCAUCCAUAUUUCAGUGCUCAGCUGGGUGCUGGACAGUUGUCCCUCUAUAAUCUACUGAAGGCAUAUUCUCUGUUGGACCCAGAGGUGGGCUACUGCCAGGGUUUGAGUUUCGUGGCUGGUGUGUUGCUACUCCACAUGAGCGAAGAAGACGCUUUCCACAUGCUCCGGUUCCUCAUGUACGACAUGGGGCUGCGAAAACAGUACAGGCCUGAUAUGAUCAUACUGCAGAUUCAGAUGUACCAGCUGUCUCGUCUAUUGCAUGACUAUCACAGGGAGCUGUACUCUCAUCUGGAGCAGCACGAAAUCGGCCCCAGUCUCUAUGCUGCCCCCUGGUUUCUCACCGCCUUCGCCUCACACUUCCCGCUGGGAUUUGUGGCCCGAGUGUUUGACAUGCUGUUUCUCCAGGGAUCGGAGGUUAUCUUCAAAGUGGCCCUGAGUCUGCUUGGUAGCCACAAGCCUUUGAUUCUUCAACAUGAAAAUCUGGAGUCUAUUGUUGAGUUCAUCAAAACAACAUUACCCAAUCUCGGCCUUGUGCAAAUGGAAAAGACCAUCAACCAGGUGUCUGAGAUGGAUAUCAGUAAGCAGCUGCAGGCCUAUGAGGUGGAAUAUCACGUUCUUCAGGACGAGCUCCUGGAUGGCCCCUCCACUCUAAGCCAAUCACAGCGAGUUGCCCAGCUGGAAAAGACCAAUGGAAGCCUCCGGCAGCAAAACUUGGACCUUUUAGAGGAACUACAGGUUGCCCAUGCUAAGAUCCGAUGUCUGGAGACCCGUGCGGAGGGCCUGGUGAGCCGAGAGGCCGAGCUGCAAUUGGAGGUUAAAACUCUACAGCAGGAACGGGCAGAGCUGCUCCAAACUGUAUCCAACCUAAGAGCUCUCCAAAGCAGCCUGGGAAUAAACGCCCCUUGCCCCACCCUGGAUGACCUUACUACUGCAAUCACCAACUAGUAGCCAUACCAGAAAUGGAUAUAUAUAUAUAUAUAUAUAUAUAAAGUCCAGCACUGAUAAACCAUGACAUGUCAUCACUAGGGCUAAACUCCAUCUUUUGAUGUGAUGCAUCAGCUCUGUUAAUCUCUAAUCCUCUCCUCUCUAAACUGUUUUUUAGUGGAGGACAGGAUGAAGUUUUCAGGACUCUUUCAGUGAACUCCGAUGUCCCUUCCUUAGAAUUUCUUUCUGAGGACUGAUACAGGGUACCUGUAUAAGAACAACAUUCAAUGAUCAAAUUGCUGAGAUUUCCGGUGCUUCGAGCUUUUGUGACUUUUUUAGGUCACUUUUUUUAACAAGUGCACGUUCUUUCACUCCCUGCUAUCAGUUUGGAGUGGCAAUGACCCCGACAAAGCCUCUCUGAGGUGGAUUUGACUUGACUGGUCUGUUUUCAUGACACAUAAGAUUGACAGAUCCCCAGUUAGCACUGACCAGCCCGUGGAGCGGCUCGGAUGAUUGCACUCCAAUUGUGCAGCGCAAAGUUUGCACCCUGUACUUGUUGUGUGUGUGUAGUUUCGUGUAUGCGUGUGUAUGUGGAAAUCCACGUGGCCAAUAGCUCCAUUACCAGUGCAAUAGAAACUUGAAUUAAAAAACGACACUGUAAUCCUGUACAUCUUCUGUUAGAACAGAAACCAAAGUGCAUAUUCAAAAACAGAUUUUUUUCAGACUUCAUUAGAGUCUGAAAUGCUGCUGAUUUAAUAACAUGAAAAUAACAUGAAAUCCAUAAUUUUUUUUAUUUUACAUAUUACACAUAAAAGUGUUCAUAAUGCAAAACUUUUAUUAAUCUGCAUAUAUAAGAACUGUUCAGUUUGUUGUGCUAAACAGGAUUUUUUUUGUUUUGGUACCUAUUGAACCAAAGAUUUUUAUUUACGUCUUUUCUUUUUCCGUGGCAUGCAUUGGAUAUUUAUAUGUGUAGUUUAUUCGUUCGACCACGUCAGUCGCUGACACGUUUUAAACGCACGUCUCCGUUCGAGCAUGAAAUGUUUUGACAGAUAGAAAUAAAAGGUGUGUGUGAACACGGAAAGAAAAUGAAUGUUAUUACAUCAUGUGCGUGACAAUGCUUUCUUACCCUCCUGACCUCUUUUUCUCUUUUGGAGAAUUCUUGUUUGUUUUUCUGUGACGGUGUUUAAACAUUGUUGUUGAUGAAGUGGUUUAUUUUUAUCGAUUUUUAUUGAGAGUGUUAUUCUCGCUGUUUUCAUUAAACUACUUUAUAAACGAA